AUGAAUGAUACAGGUUGCAUUCACUUAAACAACUUUAAGGCCGCUAAAGGCACCAAUCCGUAUAAAAUUAUCCAUGCAUUUUUUGUGUCGUGCACAUCCUUUGAAGCUAGAAGAUACAAGGCUACUUCAUGUCUUUGUUUUGCUUGUGGUCAACCUGGACCAAGAAUGCAUUCAUGUUUACACUGCAUAUAUUUUGCAUGUUAUGGUGGACAUAUUCAAGAGCAUUCCAAAACUAAAAAGCAUUUUCUCUAUGUUGACUUGAGCUAUGGAAAUGUUUAUUGCGCCCAGUGUCAAGACUACAUUUAUGAUCGAGAACUAACUGAGAUUGCAAUGUCGCAUAGAUUGAAAGAAGCUAAGUCGUUGGGAAUGUGUGUCCCAUUUACUCCUUGGAUCCCUAACAAUAAUGAAGCAUUGGCACUUCGACGAUUACGUAAAAGACGUAUGAUAGGCCCACAUACAACCAUUGGUCUACGAGGAUUACAAAAUCUAGGAUCCACAUGCUUCAUGAAUUGCAUUGUCCAAACAUUAAUUCACACGCCAUUGCUGAGGGAUUAUUUCCUAGGCGAGAAGCAUAAAUGCAAAGCGCAAAGUUCGGGGAAGUGCCUCGUGUGCGAGGUUUCAAAGCUGUUUCAGGAAUUUUACUCGGGCGCAAAAACACCGCUGACGCUACACCGUCUUCUUCACUUGAUAUGGACUCACGCACGCCAUCUUGCCGGCUACGAGCAACAGGAUGCACACGAGUUCUUCAUAGCCACACUUGAUGUGCUUCAUAGACACUGCAUGAACGGAGUAGAGGAUAAUGGGGAGAAGAAAGAGAACGGCCGCUGCAAUUGCAUCAUUGACCAGAUAUUCACCGGAGGGUUGCAGAGUGACGUUGUAUGCACUUCUUGUUCUGGGGUUUCUACCACUAUCGAUCCAUUUUGGGAUAUCAGCCUGGAUGUGGCCGGACCUGGCUCCCUCCAAGCCUGUUUGGAACGCUUCACUCGGGCCGAACACUUGGGCUCCGCGGCCAAAAUCAAAUGCUCCAAUUGUCGGGCGUACCGCGAAUCCACAAAACAAUUAACCCUAGAAACACUGCCAAUCGUCGCCAGUUUCCAUCUGAAGCGAUUUGAGCAUUCCUCGCAAAUAGAUAGAAAAAUAUCGGCCUUCGUUUCGUUCCCCGCUGAGUUGGACAUGACGCCAUUUAUGUCGUCUCACCGCAGGGCUGUAGAUGCAGCCGAUAAUAACAAUGCACCCGAAGGGAUUUUUGAAGAUAAUAGAUACUCAUUGUUCGCCGUGGUGAACCACCUCGGUUCGUUGGACGCGGGGCACUACACUGCGUACGUCCGCCAGAUGAAAGGCAGCUGGUACAAAUGUGACGAUCACAUGAUUACACGAGCCUCGCUGAGGGAAGUGCUGGAUAGUGAGGGAUACCUGCUGUUCUACCACAAGACCGUUCUGGAAUAUGAGUGUGACGUCUCCUAA